UAACUGCAGAUUUACUUUAAGGUUCGUAUUCUCCAAGUCUAUUCUGCUUUAAGUUACUUGGAAGCUGUGCUUCAAGACAAGAAAAGAAGUGGCUUUUAUUAAAAUCAGGGUAAAAUCAGAUUCUGACCAAGAAUUUGUAAGAUUACCAGCCUCCUCACGGACAUGGAGCACGCAGGACAUUACCUGCAUCUUGCCUUUGUGAUGACAAUAGUUUGUUCUUUGUGUCCUGGGACAAAAGCAAACCAUACCCAUCUGUGGGCUAACAGUACUGUCUGGGAUCCAGAUAUUCAAAAUAAGACGGGCAGAAACCAAGAGGAAAACAUGAACACAAACCCUACCCCUUCUGCAGUCGAUAAAAAGGGUGAUUCUACAAACAGGACUGAAGGAGCAACGUCCUCUCCCAUCCUCUCUCUAACUCCGAAGUCAGAAUUGGAGACUUAUAUACCUUCUGUCCUCAGGAACAGUUCUCCGACAGUACAGAGCAUCGAAAACGCAAGCAAAAGUCACCAUGAAAUUUUCAAAAAAGGCGUCUGUGAGGAAAACAACAACAAAAUGGCUAUGCUAAUUUGCUUAAUUAUAAUUGCAGUGCUUUUUCUUAUCUGCACCCUCCUAUUUCUUUCAACUGUAGUUCUGGCAAACAAAGUCUCGUCUCUCAGAAGAUCAAAACAAGUAGGCAAGCGUCAGCCGAGAACGAACGGUGAUUUUCUGGCAAGCAGCGGUCUAUGGCCUGCUGAAUCAGACACUUGGAAAAGAGCACAACAGCUCACAGGGCCCAACCUCAUGAUGCAAUCCACGGGGACUCUCAUAGCUACAAGGGAAAGAAAAGAUGAAGGAGGAACUGAAAAACUCACUAACUAACAGCAGCUUUAGUAGACACAAAUGCAAAGCAGCAAUGAGAAAGCUUAUGAAGUAAAAAUGAUAUCACUGUGAUCUUUAACGCCGACAAGUUGGUCUGGCGGUCUAAAAUGCGUUGACACGGUGUUUGCAAUUUAGAAUCAAGCAGGUGAGAAGGGGAGAAGUCAGCUCACCUUCUCCAGUUCUUAAACUGUGCACUUGUAUUCUGACACUGAAUAUUUUAAAAAGUAAAUAAUGAAACACCCAAGAAAGUGAAGAAGGUUUUAAAGAUGAGUUGGAGGAAUUGACUAAUUAAUGGAGGUAGAAGGGAACAAUUAAGUAUUUCCUAUUCAGCCACAGUAGUUAGAUGAUCGUUGUCUGAAUGUAAUUAAACUUUGAAGAGUUUUGUGUGUCCUUAGAGACAAGUAUCUGCUUCAACAUCUAACAGAAGCCAAAUUCCUAACGCACAGAGUUGAACUAUAGUUUAACGGUGCUUCUGCCGAAUGCGACGGAAUCUGCACCAGCUCAUGUAUCAACACAGCUAAUUUUAUGCGAGAUGUUUUCAUCUCUAUGCAUGGCACACAAAAGAAAGUGUUUUUCUACUAAAAAUAUUUAAUUAAAACUUUUAAUUUUGUAUCAUAAAUUAAGACUCAUUAGAAUAAAACUGACUACAUAUA